GGAGGAGACAGAGCGCUCGGGCUCCACAGCGCGCGACCCGCAGUCCUCCGACCGCGCGGAGCAGAGUCGGGUGGCGCCGCCGGAGCACAGAGCCGCGACCCUCCCCGGCCGCCUUUGUCCGCAGCCGUGCCCGGAACCGCCGCUCUCGGGGCCGGGCACGCGCCCGGAGUGGUCGGUGACAGCUCCUCGUUCCCGGAGGGCUCCGGGACGGCGGGGCGGUCGGGCCGGGCCGGGCCCUGCUCGCCCGCGCCUGCACGUCCGAGCGCGCGCACCGAUGCCCCCGCAGCAGGGGGACCCCGCGUUCCCGGGCCGCUGCGAGGCGCCGCCCGUGCCGCCGCGCCGGGAGCGCGGGGCGCGCGGAGGGCGCGGGCCCGGGGCGCCGGGGGGCCGGGGGCGCGCGGGCGGCGCAGAGGGGCGCGGCGUCAAGUGCGUGCUGGUCGGCGACGGCGCCGUGGGCAAGACGAGCCUGGUGGUGAGCUACACCACCAACGGCUACCCCACCGAGUACAUCCCCACCGCCUUCGACAACUUCUCGGCUGUGGUGUCCGUGGAUGGGCGGCCUGUGAGACUCCAGCUCUGUGACACGGCAGGACAGGAUGAGUUUGACAAGCUCCGGCCUCUCUGCUACACCAACACGGACAUCUUCCUUCUGUGCUUCAGUGUUGUGAGCCCUUCCUCCUUCCAGAACGUCAGUGAGAAAUGGGUGCCGGAGAUUCGAUGCCACUGUCCCAAAGCCCCUAUCAUCCUGGUUGGAACUCAGUCAGAUCUGAGAGAAGAUGUCAAAGUCCUCAUUGAGUUGGACAAAUGCAAAGAGAAGCCCGUGCCUGAAGAGGCGGCUAAGCUGUGUGCCGAGGAAAUCAAAGCCGCCUCCUACGUUGAGUGCUCGGCCCUGACUCAGAAAAACCUCAAAGAGGUCUUUGACGCGGCCAUUGUCGCUGGCAUUCAAUACUCAGACUCCCAGCAGCAGCCAAAGAAGUCCAAAAGCAGGACUCCAGACAAAAUGAAAAACCUCUCCAAGUCCUGGUGGAAGACGUACUGCUGCUUCGUAUGACGCCGGCAAGAAACCCAGAGCAGCUGUGUCCCGACGGAAUCAACAUUAGAGGCUACAUUAGCUGACGUGACUUCUUGCACCGUGCGGAGCCUGUCUGCAGAGCCUGUGUCUGCGCUGCAGGAGGGUCCUCACCCCGUGCGCUCCUUCUUGCCUCUGGUUGUCCUGUGUGUUUGCGCUUAGGGAGGAGGUACUUACGCAAGAUAUUUUUGAAGUAAGUUAACGUUUUUUGUAACUCUGGAAAUUUAUAGCUCUAUAUCUCUGGAUUAAUUUAUAUCUAAUAUGGAAAAGACACCUCAAAUCUGGGUGUCAAGAAGGAAGUUUCGCUACGUUACAAUGUACAGAAGAACAAAGAGGAAAUGGCGUGGUUAGCCAUCCCUUGGCUAAGGGCUGCCUAGUGCACAGUGUGUUGUGUAUACGGGCCAGCUGUGCUCAGAACAACUCUUAGCUUUGAAAUGCCAUACUUCUUUUUUCUUUUUUUAAGGAGCAAAAAUCUGAGAGAAAAUGAGAGACUUCUGCCUACAAAACCUUAAACCAGUCACUUUUGUCAUAAACUAAUACCCAGGUGCUUAAGAUUUAAAAACAACCAACAAAAAUCAUCCCACUAACUCUUUGGCACUGAGUAGGCCAAAAAGGAAAAAUUAUUUAUUGGAAUUUUUUGUUCUCAGACCAGUUGUGUUGACACUGUAUAAAUAGCCAAAAUGCCACGAGGGGUAAAGCAAGUGUUGGUCGGUAGCUCUUAGGUUUGCUUUAGGGAGUGAUUCCUGUUGAGAUCAGCAGGUGGUACUUGCUGCGAUGCACGUGCUCUGGACGGCCUUAGUCCCAGUAUCCCGGCGCUGGGGAGCACCUGUCCGGUGGUUUGUAAGCGGCCAACCUUAAAUUGUCCUGUCACUCCCUGCAGGGAAGGGAGCACCCUUGAAAGGCCUGCAGCAAAUGUUUGUGGGACAGAAAGUGUGCUUUUUUCAUAAGUCAGGCACAACGUACUUCUCCGUACACAUGUCCACGUACACGUACGUAUACAUAUGGCCGCGUUUGCUGCUGAUUCAGACUUCUAAGCAGUUAGUGGGAAAAAGCAUGGUCACAAAAACAUGUGAGGGAAGCUUGGCUUCCUCUUUUUGUUAACACUUCUUUAAACAGAUCUCUUUUUGAUUAUACCCUAGAUAUGAUUUUAAGUGUAUCUUAACACAUUUUUGACACCAUCUUAAAACAAAACAUGAACACCUCUUAAAACCUGUUUUAAAAUGAAUGUCACUUGAAACCUGUGAAAACAACCAAUUAAUAGAUCCAUAGACGCCUUUCAGGGACCUGGCAGCAGAGGCCAGUGCUGCGUGUCAGAGGGGUCGUGGGGGGUCUGCUGUGGCCGGCCAGGAGCAGGGUGUGUGCCAGGACCACAGCCCCCACACUUAGCUGCAUCCAUACUGUGGGACAGUCAGAAAACCACUUUUUGUGAAACAUUAAUGUUCUUUAGGGUGGCAGUUUUUUAGGGCUUAACCUUCUUGAGAAAAAAAUGUCAUGUUAGGAGAGAGGUUUUGCACUCUGAUGGGUAUGCUUCUGAGAUGCCAAAAAGGAGCCUAAUGCAUUGAAUUGUGGUGUGGAGUUUGCAGUGGGUAGAGCAGAUUUACCAAAAUCUAUUCAAUUACCAGGGAACUCUCUGUAGAGCCAUUGCAUAGAAGAGUUUUCUCUUUCUGUGGGUCUUGUGUUUUUCUAUAGAAAAAGUAAAAGAUCAGAUUAUACUUUAGGUCAGGGGCUUCUUUUAUUUCUGUUAGUAAAUGAAAUUAAUUUCUUUGUUUAAAAUCUAAAAUACAUAGACUGUUUACUAUUAUUUUUCAGUACAUUGAAAUUGAUAUCAGUCAUAGUUUUCUGAAGUGGCUAGUUGCAAGUUGAGUAAAUAAAAUUACUUCAUUUGUGGAAAUGCCUCAAGAGACCCAAUGAAAUGCAUUCGGAGCUUGGGUGCCUGGCUCACCUCUCUGGGAAGCCAGCUUCCCAGACUGGGCGCUGCCUGCCCGGGUGUGCAGAGGUGGGGGUGGGAGGUGAGUUAUUUGACUGGUAAGUUUAAACAGUAUUUUUAUAUUUAAGCAAAUGCCAUGGAGUACAGUGCAAAUUACUUUUUAAGACAGAACACGAAACUUGAAAGGAGUUUUAUGCAUGUGACAGCAUAUGGAGGCCACUCCUGGUCCCCCUGGGAGGGACCUUUGGCACCCUCUGCCUUUAGGGCCACUGGUGGAAAGCGCUUAGUGAAGAAUGCCUGUGUGGCCCAGUUCUGAGAGCUUUACUCAAGUGGUUUAUUUUUGCGCAGCUUGAUACAACCUGUGCCAUUAGCACUGAACAUCUAGAGGGUUGAUACUAAAUUGCAACCAUUUUUAAUAUGUUGCUGCAUUUCAUAGAAUAGUAAAGGUACGAUUCUCCUCGAGGUUUUUCUCCAUUUUUAUUUCUUUGUGAAAAUAGAGACUUGAGAGGAAAAGUUUUGAAAAGUAUAUGCUUGAGUUAAAUACAAAGUUGAUUCACUUCAAAGCUCAAACAUUGUUCAACUUGUAGCUUGGUGUUGCAGAGAAGACUUUAUAAGAGCUGUGCUUCAGAAAAUGCCACUUUAGUUUAACUCCUCCAGUGUAGACCAGACAAAAUUUAAAAAUUCAACAUACUCCAAACCUGUUUUGUUGUCUCUUUUUACCAAGUCUGUGGAAAUGAAACUUUUGUCAUGUUGCUCUCUGUGCUUGACAGACUUAAGAGAAACCACCCAGGUAUCACAGAAGCCAGGAGGGAGGGCAAGGUCUUCUCCCCAGACUCUUGUAAUCUGAUGCCUUACCAAGUUGUGCUUUUCUGUUUCGAGUAUAAAUGAUGUUGAGCUGAACGUUGUCCUUUCAAAUGCUAUAAAUGAUGUGGUAUGAAAUAAAUUCUGACCUAUGGAUAUAACUGCA